UUCGACUUUCACGUACUCUACCGAGAUUCGGAGUUCGAGAGUCGAGACCGUGGAGUCGGAGGCGGCGGAGGAAAGCGAGCAACGAAACCCUAUCCCCAUCGAUCCGAUUUCUCUUCUUAUUCGAUUCCAGUUUCGUUUUGCCUAGCUACUCCGUAGCACUUUCGUGUUCGAUCCUCUAUUAUAUAUGUACAAUUAAUCGACAAUCGCCAGGCAGGGAUCCGAUCGAAGAGAGCGGAAGCAGCAAUGGCAGCGGCGCUUCGAAACGCGGCGGCGAGGCUCGGCGGCCUCCGCGCACUCCAGCGAACGCAGGCGGCAAUCAUCUCAGAGGAGCGACGGCAGGUUCAGACAAGGCUCCUCCACACCAGGCCCUCCACCAUUGACGAGAAGAAAGACGUCGCGAUUCGCUUAGGCAAAAUCAAUGAGAUGAAAGAGGAGAUGUACAAUCUGAUUGCCGAGUUUGAAACGAAGUACAAGGUUCCUGUCAGGGUAGCCUGGCCGAAUCAACAGCUGCUGGAGGUGCUUUCCGUGCAAGUCAAGCCUAGAUCCAACGACCCCCACUGGCGCUCGUGUCGAAAUUCAAGGAUAAGAGGUCGUUUUAUGUGGCUAGUUGGGGUAUGUACGAGUGCCAGUAUCUUUGCAGAUGGUUUCAUAUGGUGUCUCAAAGAAGUAGAAGAUCCAGAAAGGAAAAUUAUAGAAAGCAUGAAGAAGUUAGUCAUGGACAGGUGGAACAAGCAAGAUCAGUGGAAUCAGUCGAAAAAUGGAAGAUGAUCGGAUGACGAGUUCAUCAGAAAUAAAAAAAGCAAAGAUGAAUAUGCUAGCUUUCUGAAAUGUAUAUGUUUGCUGUACUUGAGUCAGUGUUUCGUAUCGAGGGUCUCUGAUAGCUUUGUAGACCGAAUAAACUAUCUUCAUGUGUAUUUGGUGUCCCUCAAUUCCUCAUGAUCUUUGCUCAAUAAAUAAAUAAAUCUGUUGUUGUCAACAAAUC